AUGUACACUUUUUGUGCCAGUGAAAUGUUUGUAUCUUUGUCACCUUUUGAAACAACUGCCAGAAGUGAACUUGAACCAAAGUAUAGAUUUGAGAGAUGCCAAGAAGUGAAAGGAAUAUGUAAAACAUUUUGUGAUGACGUUGAGUAUGAUUAUGGAUACUGCGUUAAAUGGAGAAUUCAGUGCUGCAUAUAA